AUGUCGGUAAAGCCAAUAAAAAUGCCGCCCGCGACGAAAGAUUCGACAAUUCUGAAGAUUGCAGUGGAAAUGUUAAAUGCACCUGAUAAGGUGCCACAGUUGAUAGAGUUCGAUCAAAGUCAACCUCUCUCCAGCAUAAUUCAGCUCUUGUGUAAAGCUUGGGGGCUUCCUGAUCCUACUAAUUACGCUUUGCAGUUCUCGGAGAGUAAUAAUCAAAAUUAUAUUACAGAAAAGAAUCGAAAUGAAAUAAAAAACGGAUCUGUACUUCGAUUAGAACAGUCCCCCGCAAAGACGGUCCAGGACAUAUUAACAAAAAUAAACACUGGUACAGACUCCGAACAAACGCAAGCUUUAAUGAAGUUAUCCACAGUUAGCAGUGACCUCACUUUUGCACUUGAAUUUAUUAAUAAAAAAGGCCUAUCAUUAAUAAUAAGCAACAUAGAAACUGGGAAAUUCAAAGCAACUGCAUUGAAGUAUGCUUUAGUUACUUUUGUUGAGCUCAUGGAUCAUGGCAUAAUAUCUUGGGACAUUUUGGAAAAUCAGUUUAUAAACAAAGUUGUUAGUUUUGUCAGUAAUCAGACUAAUACACAAGAUCCCAAGAUAAUUCAGUCCUGUCUCUCAAUACUUGAAAACAUUGUUCUUAAUAGUUCUGGAAAAAACUCUCAUGUUGAAAAAGAAAUAACAAUUCCUAGUUUGAUUUCACAUUUAGAAAAUUCAGAUAGAAUAAUUCAGCAAAAUGCCAUAGCUCUAAUCAAUGCAAUUUUCUUGAAAGCUGACAUGACCAAGCGCAAGACCAUAGCAGCUACCCUAUGUUCUAAGCAAGUUCGAAAUAAAAUAUAUGAAAACUUGAUUACUGAAAAUGUAUCAAAAGAAACUUCUGUAACUGAGCUGGCUCAUCAACUGUAUGUCUUGCAGACUUUAACUUUGGGAUUAUUGGAACCAAGAAUGUGUCAAAGGGCUGACUCACAGGAACAAGAGUCACAAGAAAAAAUUAAAGAACUAAGAAAAUAUGCUUUUGAAAAUGAUGCUAACACAAACAUUGAAGUAACAACUAGACGCCAGACGGGUAGUUUAUCAAAGGAUUUCAAGAAGUUAGGUUUUAAAUGUGAAAUAGAUCCAAUAAAAGAUUUCAAUGAAACCCCACCAGGAGUUUUAUCUCUGGACUGUAUGCUUUAUUUUGCACGAAAUUACAGAGAAGAUUAUACCAAAAUAGUAUUGAGGAACAGUUGUCGUCCUGACGAGCUUGAAUGUCCUUUUGGAAAGACAAGUGUUGAAUUGGUUAAACUAUUGUGUGAAAUAUUGCUUAUUGGUGAAGCUCCAAGUGAGCAAGGACAAACUUAUCAUCCUCUAUUUUUUACACAUGACCAUCCUUUUGAAGAAUUAUUUUGUAUUUGCAUAGUUCUUUUGAACAAAACAUGGAAAGAAAUGAGAGCUACCACAGAGGACUUUGUUAAAGUAUUGAGUGUUGUUCGUGAACAGAUAACUAGAGCUUUAGCUGCAGCUCCAAAAAGUUUUGAUAAGUUUAGGCAAAGGGUGAAAGAAUUAACAUAUAAUGAAAUCACACACCUAUGGCAGCAAGAACGCACAAACAGAGAGGUAUGGGAGUCUCAUGCCAAACCCAUUGUGGAGUUGAAAGAAAAAAUUACCCCUGAAAUUAUAGACUUAAUUCAGCAACAAAGAUUGGGUGUGUUAGUUGGAGGCACAAGAUUUAAAAAAUACCUAAAAAUUAAUAGAAAAGACAAGUUCUGGUUUGUUCGUUUGUCACCAAACCACAAAAUACUUCACUAUGGUGAGUGUGAUGAAAAAAGUACACCCAGUUUAGAAGAAUUGAGUACUAAGCUAGCUGUUGCAGAUGUAAAGUGUGUUGUUGUCGGCAAAGAAUGUCCUCAUAUGAAGGAUUUGAAAGGUAAAAUCAGUAGCCCUCAUUUGGCAUUCUCUUUAAUAUUAAAAGCUGCAGAGGUCCCCUCGUUAGACUUUGUAGCACCCGAUGAGCAAAUAUUUGAUUACUGGACUGAUGGAAUUAAUGCGUUACUAAAAGAAAAGAUGACAAGCAAGUCUUUUGAUAAUGAUCUUGAGACUUUACUAUCUAUGGAUAUCAAAGUUCGUCUACUUGACGCUGAAGGCAUAGACAUUCCCCAAAACCCACCACAAAUACCACCAGAACCUGAAGAUUAUGAUUUUUACUAUGAAAAUAAUUAA